GCUACCGGCUUAACCUUUUUCCUGGGGCCUUGAAUACUUGUUGCUUCAAAUACUUAAGUGGGUCACUCUUAUUUUCGAGGUCCUACAAUCCCACUUGCAUGUCGUUGCUGGCUCUGCUUCUGUUUAGCCUCCCCUUUUCUUCAGCUACUCUAUUCUCUGUGCCCUUUCUUCUAUGAGGUCUACUCUCGAAAAAAGUUUCUUUUUUUUCAUUCGGAGCAUUUGAUUUUUGGUUUUAAUCUGAUUGUUGAAGUAAAUGCAGGUUUCAUGCUUGGUCCGAGAGAAUGGAGAUGUUUACGGAGAGAUUUUUACUUCUUUAGCAUUGGAUACAGUGGUUUAGUGAAAUAAUAUGAAGAACUUUCUCAAAAAGCUUCAUAUUACCUCUAAUCAAUCAGAAGAUGCAGAAGGAUCAACUUCAUCGAGGAGCAAUAAGUCUAGUAGUAUAUCAUCUCCUGAUAAGAUUUUGCAUUCAAGAUCUCGUCAAAAUCCUGAGCAUAAUAAACCUCUCUCUGGUCUUUCUACUUGGUUAAAUGCAGUUGCUAAUAAAAAAAGUCCCAGCCCACCAUCAUCUUCAAAUAUGGAGAUAGUGGAGAGAAAAGAACCAACUAAUUCAGCUAGUGCUAGUGGUUUAGAUGCUGCUUUGGAUAUAGUAAGGCGUGAUUCAGAGUCCAAUAACUCGAGGGAUCCUGACAUAGAUGAAGAGUAUCAGAUACAAUUGGCUUUGGAGUUGAGUGCAAGGGAGGAUCCUGAAGCAGUUCAGAUUGAGGCUGUAAAGCAAAUUAGUUUAGGAUCCUGUGCUCCAGAAAAUACUCCAGCAGAAGUUGUUGCCUAUCGAUAUUGGAAUUACAAUUCUCUUAGCUAUGAUGACAAGAUCCUGGAUGGGUUUUAUGACCUGUAUGGAAUCCUGAACGAAUCAACUCCAGAAAGAAUGCCUUCACUUGUAGACCUACAAGGAACCCCUGUAUCAUAUAAUGUUUCUUGGGAGGCAGUUUUGGUCAAUAGAGCUGUUGAUUCCAAUCUAUUGAACCUUGAACAGAAAGCACUAGAAGUGGCUGUGAAGUCAAGGUCAGAAUCUUCAGCUUUCAUAAGUACCACUUUGGUGCAAAACCUUGCUGUUUUGGUUGCUGAGUAUAUGGGUGGACCAGUUUUGAAUCCUGACAACAUCUCACGAGCAUGGCGAAGUCUUAGUUACAGUUUGAAAUCAACCCUUGGUAGCAUGGUUUUGCCUCUUGGUUCUCUGACAAUUGGAUUGGCUCGUCAUCGUGCAUUGUUAUUCAAGGUUUUGGCUGAUAGUCUGGGCAUCCCUUGCCGCUUGGUGAAGGGACAGCAAUACACGGGUUCCGACGAUGUGGCAAUGAACUUUGUAAAGUUUGAAGAUGGAAGGGAAUACAUUGUUGACCUAAUGGCGGACCCUGGCACCCUUAUUCCUGCUGAUGUAGUGGGAUUGCAUGUGGAAUAUGAUGACCCUUUCUUUUCAGCCAGUCCUUUGUCUAGAGACAUCGAUUCAACUCACAUAGCUUCAUCUAGCAGUGGGGUUGGGAGUUUAUCUGAAGAACAUGCAGAAUUUGGGUCAUUGGAGAACAGAUCCAAGCUAAAAAAUUUGGCUACUUCAGCAAACCAAUCCCAUGAUAGAGGUGAUUCUGAUGUUUUUUCAUGUUUGCCUGAGACAACUAAAAGUGAGGAACAAUCCAAGGCAUCCUCAAGUGACACUAAAAACACUCCAAAUAAAGAGAAGAUGCUGGGGCAAGAACUUCCAAACAGACCUAAUUAUCCUUAUUCACAUGUAAGAUCUCCUUCUUGGACAGAAGGUGUUAGCUCCCCUGCUGUGCGUAAAAAGAAAGUGAAAGAUGUCUCAAAGUACAUGAUUAAUGCUGCCAAGGAGAAUCCACAAUUAGCUCAAAAACUUCAUGAUGUGUUACUUGAAAGUGGUGUUGUUGCUCCCCCUAACUUGUUUACUGAAAUUUAUCCUGAGCAGUUAGAGACAUCGAUUGUUGAGGUUAGGUCUGCAGCUGAAGCUAAGGAUGAAAAUAGACAAGGUACUGGAGCACAUGAAAUUAAGAAUCAAGAUAUUGAACCUGCUAAUUUCUUGCCUCCUCGACCUCAUCAAAAAGUGCAUUAUAAAGUGAGCUUUCCACAUAAUCAACCUGACCAACUUAAACCUGCUGAAAGCUUUGGGGUCAAUUAUCCAUUUGAGGCAAGGGAGGUACCUGGACUACCUAUUUCUCUGCCUGAAGCAUCCCCCGUGCACCAUGCCAAAAAUGUUCCUGUUGCUGCUGCUGCUGCAGUAGCAGCUGCUGCUGUUGUUGCAUCUUCAAUGGUUGUUGCUGCAGCAAAAUCAGGGACUGACGCAAAUCUUGAAGUUCCUGUUGCAGCUGCCGCUACUGCUACUGCUGCUGCUGUGGUGGCAACAAGUGCUGCUGUGCAGGGAACUCGCAAUGAUGGGGAUGCAGACUCAGCUGGUUGUGAACCACGUGGUGGCAAUGAAAAGGAUUAUAACCUCUUGGGAGCAAAUUUAGAAGGUGAGAGAACAUCAGAUAGAUCAGCAGAUAAUGAUAGUUCCAAAUAUACUGCUGCACUUGAUGAUGUUGCCGACUGUGAGAUUCAAUGGGAAGAAAUUACCUUGGGCGAGCGUAUUGGACUUGGAUCAUAUGGAGAGGUAUAUCGUGGGGAAUGGCAUGGAACUGAAGUUGCUGUGAAGAGAUUUUUAGAUCAGCACAUUUCUGGUGAAUCACUUGAAGAAUUCAGAAGUGAGGUCCAAAUAAUGAAAAAGCUCAGACAUCCAAAUGUUGUUCUCUUCAUGGGAGCUGUAACUCGUGCUCCAAAUCUUUCAAUUGUUACAGAAUUUCUUCCAAGAGGUAGUUUGUAUAGGUUACUUCAUCGGCCUAACAAUCUACUUGAUGAACGAAGGCGUUUGAGGAUGGCUCUUGAUGCUGCCCGAGGAAUGAAUUACUUGCACAACUGCACGCCAAUGAUUGUACACCGUGAUUUGAAGUCUCCAAAUCUUCUAGUUGAUAGAAAUUGGGUCGUAAAGGUCUGUGAUUUUGGGUUGUCAAGGAUGAAGUACAGCACAUAUUUGUCUUCGAAGUCAACUGCAGGAACGGCUGAGUGGAUGGCUCCAGAAGUGCUACAAAAUGAACCUGCAGAUGAAAAGUGUGAUGUUUAUAGCUUUGGAGUUAUCUUAUGGGAGCUCUGUACAUUACAACAACCGUGGGGAGGAAUGAAUCCAAUGCAAGUUGUUGGUGCGGUAGGAUUUCAGCACCGCCGUCUUGACAUUCCAGAUAACCUGGAUCCUGCCAUUGCGGACAUUAUUAGAAAGUGCUGGCAGACAGAUCCAAAAUUGAGACCAACAUUUGCGGAAAUUAUGGCUGCUUUGAAGCCGUUGCAGAAGCCUAUAAUCAGUGCACAAGUGCCUCGACCAGUUGCAUCUGUAAGUAGUAGCCAUGAGAAGGAUCAGCCUUCGAGAGCCUCAGAAGAACAAGCAGGCUAAACUUCAAGUUCUUGACUUCAGUGAGUUCCCUACAUCGGGGAAGACAUGGACUGUCUGUGAAUUGAGUCAACAUUACUCUCCAACUUGAGAUAAUGUGAUGAUCGUUUUAAGUCUUCCCUUUUUCCAACUUGUAUUCUCGGUGAUAAACUAUGUAUAAAAGUUUUGUCUCUGUUUGUAAAGAGAAUGAAAAUGUCAUAUUGAAGUUGCUGUAACUUUCUUAAACCCAUUUUCACUUAUGACAAUCUUGUUCAACAUUCAUACUCUCUGCAAUGACAAGUUAUACUUGCAGAACUCAUGCAGCCAAUUAGUCUCUUAUCUACCUUGAGAAUAAUGUAGGGACUAUAGG